UAAUUUAUAGUUUAUAAAUAGAAAAUGGAAUACAUUAAUUGGAAAAACGGUUUAUUUAUAAGCGGGCCAAUGUUGUGUGGCCUUGCGUUCAAAUUAAUUAAGAAAAGAAUUGAUAGAAAAUAUGAUUAUUCAUUCAACGAAGUGUUAUUCUACGGGGAUUCAGCCGACGAGGAAAAAGUCAAGAAAACAGGCUUGAACAAUCUUUACUGCAUUAACUUUGUGUUGUCUAACGCUUGCCGAUCGGUGGACGUGUGCGUGCCGAGUCUUGAGAGCGAGACCAUCACAAAAUGUCUGAUAAACGUGCAUCUAAAGAACAAAGCGAAGGUUAGAAUUGCUAUACACAACAGUGAUCAGUUUGGGAACUUGAAGUCGUUGGCACAGCACGGCAUCGAAGUGAAGGUGAUCAAGUCCGAGAGGAUUGAACAUGAGUUCGCGUUGAUCGAUGCGUGUGAAGCGACUUCUGAUGGGCUGGCGGUGAUGGGCUCGCUGGACUAUGAGACGGCGAGGGUGAACUGCAAUAAGGACAUGACGAUGCUCACCUCGCAACCCGAAGUGGUGACGAACCUCCAAAGAGAAUUCAACAGAAUCUGGAAUUCCACGCCGGACGUUUUCGGGGCCAAGGAAGGCAAGCCCGACUUAAUGCUCAACGAUACCCGCUAGAUUCACCCGCUUUCUUUUAUCAUUUAACUAACAAUAAUGGUUUUAAAUAAAAGUGUGUCUGUAACAAAAAUAUUUUGAUUUUAUUUCAUUCGUCUAGUGAUUUAAAGCAAAAAUUACAUCAAUUGUAUUUUAUUCUCAUUAAAUUUAUUUGUACUCGAGAGCUCUAGCCUAAUACACUCACAACAAACAUGCCAGUAUAGAACUAUGCAACUUCAUUGGUGAUGCUUUAUCACAGUUCUUUUGAAUUUCU